AUGGAAAUACUGAUGACAGUCCGAAAGAUCGCCUCGAUUUGUACGAUGGGCGCCAAUGCCUCUGCCUUGGAGAAGGAGAUUGGACCGGAACAGUUUCCCGUAAAUGAACACUACUUUGGAUUGGUUAAUUUCGGCAACACCUGCUACUGCAACUCUGUGCUGCAGGCUCUCUACUUCUGUCGCCCGUUCAGGGAGAAGGUGUUAGCUUAUAAGGUGCAGCCCCGACGCAAGGAGUCGCUCCUCACCUGCCUGGCGGAUUUGUUCAACAGCAUUGCCACGCAGAAGAAGAAAGUGGGCGUCAUCCCUCCUAAGAAAUUCAUCUCACGGUUGAGAAAAGAAAACGAGCUGUUUGACAACUACAUGCAGCAAGAUGCCCACGAGUUCCUCAACUACCUCCUCAACACCAUCGCGGACCUCCUCCAGGAGGAGAAGAGCCAGGAGCGGCAGCAGAACGGAAAGCUGGUGCAGAACGGCGGAGGGAACGAGGUCGUGUUGGGAAGCGGAGAAAGCGAAGGCGAGAAGGAGACGCAGCAGACGUGGGUCCACGAGAUCUUUCAAGGGACGCUAACCAAUGAGACGCGCUGCCUUAAUUGCGAAGCUGUUAGCAGUAAAGACGAGGACUUCCUGGAUUUGUCUGUGGACGUGGAGCAAAACACAUCCAUUACGCACUGCCUCAGGGGCUUUAGCAACACGGAAACGCUGUGCAGCGAGUACAAGUACUACUGCGAGCAGUGUCGCAGCAAACAGGAAGCCCAAAAAAGGAUGAGGGUAAAGAAGCUACCUAUGAUCCUGGCGCUGCAUCUCAAGCGCUUCAAGUACAUGGACCAACUGCACCGCUACACUAAGCUAUCGUACCGGGUGGUCUUCCCUCUGGAGCUGCGCCUUUUUAACACGUCGGGGGAUGCUACCAACCCGGACCGCAUGUACGACCUGGUGGCUGUUGUGGUGCACUGUGGCAGCGGACCCAACCGAGGUCACUACAUCACCAUAGUCAAGAGCCAUGGGUUCUGGCUGCUUUUCGACGACGACAUCGUAGAGAAAAUUGACGCGCAGGCCAUCGAAGAGUUCUACGGCCUGACGUCGGACAUUUCCAAAAACUCCGAAUCGGGAUACAUCCUCUUCUACCAGUCUAGAGACUGA